AUGACCUCACCUUAUCCAAGAUUAGUUCGGGGAAUUACCUUCGAUCGCUGUGAUAAGUUUAUAUCACGGAAUUUCUAUUCGGAUGUGAACCUAUACUCUCAACUUUACAAGAAAUGUGAAAGCUCAAAGGACUAUAUUGAACUUCGCGUUUAUUCGGUUCCAAAUUUGGAACGUGUUACCUUUGAAGAAGCUAUAAAGUGUGAAUUCAAAAAGGCUGCAUGUGGUGACCAAUUUGGUCCAAGCUGGUCGACACACUGGUUUCACAUAUCUGUCAAGGUUCCUGAAAAUUGGAAAAAUGAAGAAGUACAUUUCAUAUGGGAUUCUAAUAGUGAGGGAAUGAUUUGGACUGUAAAAGGAGUUCCUCUUCAGGGUCUCACCGGUGGUUAUGGUAGCGAUCGUAGAGCAGAGUAUAUUCUUACGCGUUGUUGUAAGGGUGGAGAAAAGUUCGAAUUUUAUCUGGAAAUGGCUUGUAAUGGCAUGUUUGGCAAUGGAAGCAAUACAAUAAAUCCCCCAGAUCCAAACAGGACUUUUUGUCUAAAUACGGCGGAAUUGAAGGUUCCUAACAAGGAUGCAUGGGGUCUAUUCUAUGACUUUCAGAUUAUACGUGAUAUGGCUAAAGAAAUUCCCGAGGAUUCUGUUCGAUCAGCUCAGGCUCUUUAUGUUGCCAAUAAUAUCAUCAAUAUUUUUCAGCCAGGUGACGAUAAAUCAAUUCUUGAAGGUCGUAAAGUCGCUAAAGAAUUCCUGAAAAACAAAAAUGGAAGCACACAACAUAAAUUGACCGCGGUUGGUCACUGUCAUAUCGAUACUGCUUGGUUAUGGCCAUUUGAUGAGACUAAACGUAAAAUAGCUCGAAGCUGGUCAACUCAAGUUGGUUUGAUGGAUUUAUAUCCGGAUUAUAAAUUCGUGUGCUCUCAAGCUCAACAGUUUGAAUGGUUACAAGAACAUUAUCCGAAACUAUUUGACAUGGUCAAAAAAAAGGUUGAAAAGGGCCAGUUCUUGCCAAUUGGUGGUACUUGGGUUGAGAUGGAUUGUAAUAUUCCCAGUGGUGAAUCAUUUUGUAGACAAUUUUUAUAUGGGCAAAGAUACUUUGAACAUAACUUUGGAAUGAAAAGCAAAGUGUUUUGGCUUCCAGAUACUUUUGGUUAUUCCGCUCAGUUGCCACAGAUUAUCAGAGGUGCCGGACUUAAAUAUUUUUUCACUCAAAAGUUAUCGUGGAAUAAUAUAAACAAGUUCCCCAACACAACUUUCUAUUGGGUGGGACUUGAUGGUAGUAAGGUUCUGACACACAUGUGCCCAGCUGAAAGCUACGUUUCUCAAUGUACACCAGGAGAACUUGUUAAUAGUGUUAGAAAUCACAAGGAUAAAGAAUAUAGCAACGAAAGUCUUUUAGUCUUUGGAAAUGGAGAUGGUGGAGGUGGUCCACUUGCUUCUAUGAUUGAACGUUUAAAUCGAAUGAAAGAUAUUGAUGGGCUAGCUAAAGUUGAAAUGGGAUCUGCUGAAGAAUUUUAUGAAAGAAUUGAAGAAAGUUCUAAAGAAUUAGUCUCUUGGAAGGGAGAAUUAUAUUUUGAGCUUCACCGAGGUACAUAUACUACGCAUGGUAGUAUCAAGCGAUACAAUCGCAAAUCGGAAUUUCUUUUGCGAAAUGUUGAGUUAAUAUCAACUAUUAAUCUCAUUAAAUCGCAAAUUGAAAACAAGGAUGCCAACUAUAAUUAUCCAAAAAAAGAAUUGGAUAAAUUAUGGAAAUAUGUUUUAUUGAACCAGUUUCACGAUGUAUUGCCAGGGUCGUCUAUUGAAAUGGUUUAUGUCGAUGCUACUAAGUUUUAUAAGGAAGUUGAAGAAAAAGGAAAUUUACUUCUUGAAAAUGCUUUCGAUGAAUUAUUCCAAAUUUCAAAGAGUUCCGGAUCUUCCGAAAAAGGAUUAUUGGCCUUUAAUACGCUUGGUUGGAAUAGGACUGAAGUAGUCGAAGUUCCCGUGUGUGAGGGAGUAGACAAGUUACCACAAAUUUCAAAUGACGAGAGAACUGGAUUUAUUUUAGUUAACGAUGUCAUUGGAAUUGGAGCACAAGGAAUUGAUUUAGGGAUUCCCACCAGUUUUUCACCAGUUACUGUUCGUAUGAUUGAUAAUGAUCAUUUUUGCUUGCGGAAUCAAUAUAUUUGUUCGAUAUUUGAUAAAUAUGGUCAUUUAAUAAGCUUAAUUGACUCUGACUCAAAAUCAAGUCGAGAACUUAUUCCCAAAGGCCAAUAUGGAAAUAAGUUUAAUAUAUAUGAAGAUAUUCCAUUAUUCUGGGAUGCAUGGGAUGUUGAAAUUUAUCACCUGCAAAAGGGUCGUGAGGCAGAACUUGGCACUAUAUUUGAAACAGGACCACUUAAAGCCUCAUUGCUACUUGAAUCUAAAAUUACCGCAACGAGUACACUACGUCAAGUUAUAUCAUUAAGUGCAGUUUCAUCAAGAAUCGACUUUGAUACAACGGUAAAUUGGGAUGAAAAUAGGCAAUUCUUGAAAGUAGAAUUUCCGUUUGAUAUAAACAGUGAUUAUGCUACGUAUGAAACUCAAUUUGGAUUCAUUCAACGGCCCACACAUUAUAACACCACAUGGGAUUCAGCCAAAUUUGAAGUAUGUGGACACAAAUUUGCUGACUUAUCAGAGUAUGGAUACGGUGUAGCAUUGUUGAACGAUUGUAAAUAUGGUUAUGCGGUUCAUGGAAACGUGAUGAGAUUAUCUCUUUUAAGAUCCCCAAAGGCACCGGAUGCUCAUUGUGACAUAGGGGUGCACAAUUUCAAAUAUGCAAUUCUUCCACAUGCUUGUUCUUUUUUGGAAUCAAAUGUUGUUAGAGAAGCGUAUCAAUUUAAUGUUCCUUUAAUUGUUAGACCCACAUCCAAGGAGAUUGUACAAACAUUUAACGUCAAAUCAUAUUUCACAAUUUCUAACGCCCCAAAUGUUAUUUUGGAUACCGUAAAGCGCGCCGAAGAUUCUGACGGGAUUAUCUUGAGAUUAUUUGAAGCUUAUGGUGGUCAUGCUAAAGCUAUAUUGACAAGCUCGCUUCCGUUAGAAAAUAUUUAUGAAACCAAUAUUUUGGAAGAUCAUACUUGUCUUAUUAACUAUAAUCAACAGGAUGGUGCAGUUAUUAAAUUCAACCCAUUCCAAGUCAUCACAUUGAAAAUGAAUUUUAGGUGA